AUGGAACUAUUUUUAUCUUUGAAUAAUGACAAAGGAGGAAAUAGUCAGUUGGUAAGAGGCCCCGAGGAAGAAAUCCCUCAACCACCUGACAACAAAAAGACUGAUAAACUUGGUAGGCCGCCAUCACCGUUAUUACAACAAGACCUCUCUCAAAAUAAUUAUGUUACACCACCACCACCAUAUUCAGCUAGUAAUAACAACGCCAAAACAACUACGGAAAACUCUUUACCAGAAUCUACAACUAAAUCUACGGACGGCUUACCAGAUUUUGAUGAAUUGGAAAGAAGGUUUGAGGCUUUGAAAAGAAAAUAA